AUGACGUACACUGCGGCGGAGAUCUCCGCUGCGGAGGGCUACUUUGAGAAGUUGCCCCUCGAGGAUAAGGUGAAGGCAUUCGGUGCUCUUGCUCGUGCAGAACGUUCUGCCGCAGCCAACCCGUAUGGAUUCCCGCUCUCUUCGACCGGUAUUUUCUGUGAAAGAAGCUUGAAUAUCUCUUUUGUGCCUUGAUCGGCGAAUUAAAAGAAAAGGCAACGAAAAAAUUAUAGGUCACCUACGUCUACGUAAUCUUCGAAUUUUUGGAUAUGAUGGAAAAUCCCCAAAAAACCUACAGGAAUCCCGAUUGUGCAGGGUAUGAGCGACGACUUCGUGCUAGGAAGCCAUGACGUUGUUGGUGUUACCUUCUGGAUCGCAUGCGCAUCUAUGUUGGCAGGCAGCGUGUUCUUUUUCUCGGAAAGACAAAAUGUGGCCCCAAAGUGGCAGACCUCGGUCACGGUUGCCGGCCUCGUGACGGGAAUCGCUUUCUGGUAUAAAGAACAUUUAUCCCAGAGGCCAGGAAGUAAUAACUUUUUCCUGAAAGUAGAUCCUUUUUUCAUUUAGUCUCUCUCACUACUUUGUGUGCACGCAACAUUUCCGUGGAUAAAGCCGCUAAUCUGAAUAUCUCGGAAGAAAAUUCAGUGUAUUAGUUUCUUACUGAACAACUCUGACACCUACUCUAUCUAGGAACUAUUGUUUUAUGCGAGACUCGUGGGUCCAGACACAGACCAGCCCAACGGUGUACCGAUACACAGACUGGCUCAUCACGGUCCCUCUCCAGAUCAUCGAAUUCUUUCUGAUCCUAAAGGCCGUCCUUCCGAACAUUUCGAACGGUCUCUUCUACCGACUUAUGGCGGAGUCCUUGUUGAUGCUUCUCUUCGGAUGGGCUGGCGAGACUGGCAUCGUCAGCGUCCUCGCGGGCUUCGUUCCGGGUAUUUUCCUAUACCACAGUGCAGUUGCUGACUCAUUUCGUUUUUUGUCUUUGGAUAAUUUGUGUAUCUCUAAACUUAUUUCAUGAAUGGGGAGAAGGAGUACUGCUCUAGUUUAAUAUACUGUGAGGAAGAGGAUGAUUUAGAUACUGUGUGAAGCACAUAUAAUGGCUCCACUAAAACCAAGUGUCUUUUUCCGUACUGGUAUAGUAGGACUCCGGCAUGCGAGGAGAAUCUGGUCUACUUUCGUCUCACCCGCAAAUCUGCAGGUAUGCUCUGCUGGUUCGCUUUGAUCUACGAAAUGUUCUCCGGCGAAGCUGGACAGCUCGCUCAGAACUGCGGCAACAAGGCAUGCUCCAGCGCCUUCAACACCAUGCGUCUGAUUAUCACCGCGGGCUGGGCCAUCUACCCGUUGGGUUACUAUUUGACCCUCCUCGGACCGACCGCCACCUACCACGAACAGAGCUUGCUCAACAUCAUCUACAACAUUGCGGAUUUGGUCAACAAGCUCGCCUUCGGUACUAUAUACAUUUAGGAUCGUCCCUAUGGAAAUUAUUGAUUGUUCAUUCGCUUGUUCGCACGUAUUUUUAGUUUUCCUCAAUUGAGUACAAAAUAUUGUGUUAAGACCUACAAUUUAGAUAAAAAGAGCAGGCCCGAGGAUCACCUUUGGGGGUGUCUAGUCUUUCCUGAUAGGGUUUCAUAACAUUUUCCUAGGGCGCUUGUGUGGUUGGUAUAGAAGGACGAUCCCUGGAAACUGCGUCACAUGUAGAGCGACUAGUACUCCAGUCGUGAGCAGCAAUCGGCAAGCUCCUACACUCAUACUGUCAUUAAUCACUCGUCCAGGUCUCUGCAUCUGGGGCGCCGCCGUCACGGACAAGUAAGCACCUGGUAGCGCAAUGGGGAUGUACCUAACUCGUGCCGAAACGAGUUCUCGUGGGUACCACUGCAACGCCAAGAACGAAGGCUAAACGCGAGGCUUUUCGGGAUGUAGAGUGAUCAGUUUCGGGACAUUAGCUCAACAUCGACAAUGAUUGAUUAUUACAAGAACAGCAGUCGUUACAGAUUUUCUAGUAAAUAUCAUAUUCGUUACACUUGUUACUACAGCGAAGAGAAUGCUGCAGGAGGAGAGUACUACAGCUUAUGUCGGGUUAGAUUCAAUUCAAAUAGAUGCGGGAAUAUAUACAUGGUUUCACGAAGUCUAGUAGAUCUGGACGGUAGUUCGUACUGAUGACUCAGACAUAGUAGACUUACAUCGUAGCAGCGCAGCGACUGAUGAUACCAUAAACAGAAGCAGUAUUUCUGUGUAGUCAAGGGACAGACGAGCUGAAGAGUCUGCACGCAUACCGGUGCCUAGGGGGUGCAUCGCCGCGGCGACACCGGAAAAAGGCUGCUCGCUGUACUUCUAAAGGGAAGUAGAAGUCUGACUAGCAAUUUAGAUGCUUGUGUGCUACUCUAAAGACCGUGAAAGAGAUUCAUAGUGUAGGGACUCACACGAAGAGGAAUAAAAGGUCCACGCGGCUUUCCCAUGGUCAGUCAGCUGACUGACCUGAAAGUUGCAGGAGCCUCGUGGAAAGUCAAGUUUCGCAGAGGAUUCGAAGGAAUAGGAAAAAGAUAUUGAUUGGAAUAGUUUCGGACCAACGCGUAUACCACAUACGGUGUGUGUUCAGACCACAG